UGGCUGUAAUUCGUAAUUGUACCUCUGCAUCCGCCGUAUACUAAGUAAUCUAAGCCUUCCUUCACAUAGUGCGCACAGUCGUAAAUCGCACAGAUUUCGAUUUCGGUCCUGGGGGGCCACCGGCGAGAGACGGCAAUAAACUGGAAAAAAAUCAUGCAUAUAAGCCGGCCUAAUUGGGAUUUUAAUUUGGGGCAACUCCUUGAAAGCAAUAAAUUUUGAUUUACUACAUAUAUGGCAAGUGGAUAAUUGCUUGAGUUGUAUAGUGGAUGAUUCUAUGAUAACCCCUUGUUCAAGCUAUUUUUCAAUCAUAUCGUAGUAUCAAGUAACAAACCAACAAAUAGUACUGGAAUUGAUUUUGUACCCAUAUUUUUACGCUUGCUUUAAUAAACUUUAUCCUUUUACAAUAAUUGAAAAAAAAAUUUGAUUAAUUGAAUGCCUGACGCUCCACAAUCUCCUGUGAAUCUUCAGCAUGGUGUUGAUCUUCAAAAUUCCACUAAUGAGUUAAAAAAAUUACAACUCGGUGAUAAUCCAGCGGAUCCGGCGGAACUCCUGCCAAGGACUAAAGUUACCGAUGGGGAUGAGCCUAUUGAAGAUAUCUUUCAAUUGAAUCUUGAUAACAAUCAUUACUCGGAGCCCAAUAGUAAACAUGAUGAAAAUGAUAUAGGAAAUGGAAAUGAUAAUGAUGAUAAUAAUGACUCUGAUAAUGACGAAUAUGAUGAAGAAUCUCCUUUAGGUUAUACUGGAGAAGAAGAGAUAAUACAACAAGGAGAUGAGCUAGAAAAUGCUACUUUUGAUCUUCACCUGUUACACAGAAAAUUAACUAAAGAUGAUGCUGAAUCUAUAGUUGGUGGUGAAUCAUAUAAUGAACUUUCAAGUGCAACGGGACUCUCCAGUCAACAAUCUACAUUAAUUACUGGUGCAUCUAGCAGGUCUAGUACCACUACUUCCGCUAAGACUGAUUAUUCCUUAUCAUCUCUCUCUGGAAGAUUUAACUUUCUUAAUAAUUCUCAAAAGGUGUUUUCAUUUUCAUUACCCUUUGGAGGAUCUAUUGAAAGACUUUACAAGCAAAUUCAUACUCAUAUACCGUUGAUUAGGGUAGGUAGUGAAGAUAGUACAAAUAAUACCAAUGUUGAGAUGAAAACUACAUUGGAACGUCACCAAUCAUUAAGUACAUUGGAUGAAGACAAGUUAUUUGAAGGUUACAAGGGGAGGGGUGAUGAGAGUAGAAUGAAGGCAAUAAAACAGACAAUCACUUCAUCAUUACUUCCAGAUAUCAUCAACAAUUCUGUUUUAAAUUCAUCUCCUUUAGGUCUGAACUAUGAAACCAUUUAUAAUCGUAUAGAAGGAAAUAUAGUCAUUUUGGGAGGCUACAGAGGAUCGAUUUUAAGAGAUUCCAAAACUCAUAAAAGAGUUUGGAUACCUAUCAAAGCAGGAUUCAAUCUUAGAAAGAUUAAUUUAUUAUUGGGUCCUACCAAAGAAGAUGAGAUAAAUGCUGUGGACUAUAUGUAUCCUGAUGGGAUUUUGAAAAACAUUGGUCCAAUUGAUAUUUGUAAGAAAUUGAUAAAACGAUUAUCCAGUAAUCCCAAAGUCAAUGUUCAAGAGUUUGGAUAUGAUUGGAGAUUAGGAGGAGAAUUGAUUGCAAUACAAAUGGUAAAGUUCUUACAGAAGAUAUAUGAUGAAACUGGGAAACCAUCUAUAGUUAUUGCUCAUUCAAUGGGAGGAUUAAUGGCCACUUCAGCAAUGCAGAAAAACCCAUCAUUAUUCCGAGGUCUUAUUUAUGUUGGAAGUCCCUCAGAGUGUUUGAAUAUUCUCGGUCCAAUUAGAUUUGGAGAUUCGGUUCUUCUCUCAGAUAAGAUACUUACUUUUGAAAGUAAUUUCAUGAUGAGAUCAAGCUUCAAUUUCUUACCAUUAUCUGGUAAAGUAUUUUAUGAUAAAUUUACUAAUGAACCAAUUAUACUUGAUUUGUUUGAUCCUGAUACAUGGGUGGAAUAUAAUUUAAAUCCAUUAGUGUCUAAAAAGAGAAAACUUGCUGAUGAAACUAGUCAUACUAUUUUGUCUGCCGUGCCUAUGGAUAAUGGUGGGGGCAGUUCAAUUCAACCUGUUUUAAGUAAUGAAUCAUCCCUUCAAUUUCCUACUAUCUCCAGUAUUGGUAAUAAGAUUAGAACCAUUUCUACGUCAUCUUUCAAGAGGAAGCAUACCGAUGACUCACUUAAUUCUCCUCCCCAGAGUCAACUUCAAAGAGGAAGAGAUAUAUUAUCAUCAUAUAUGUCAUCAAAGCGAUCUUCCAGUGCUUCUUCUCGUAAUAGUGAUACUGAUAAUGCUCUUACAAAAACAGAAUCUACUGAUCUUUAUAUUGAAGAAAACAUUUCAUAUCAUUUCACAUUUAAGGAAGCAUAUAACUACCUUAAAGAAACUUUGAUUCUGACAAAAGAAUUCAUUUUAUCAUUAGAUUUCAAUCCUGAAUUGGAAGAUAAGUACCCUCCAAUGGCUGUAGUUUAUGGAAAUAAAGUUCCCUCUGUUAGAGGUUCUAAAGUUAAUGGAAUUCAAGAUAUUAAAGAUGGAAAUUAUUAUAAUUUCUUCUAUGGUUAUGGUGAUGGAGUAGUUCAUCAGAAGUGGUUGAUGCCUCAAGGUAAAGGAUAUGACUUUUAUAACCCUAAUACCGGCAAGGGUCAAAUUGUUGGUAAAUAUCCUAGCGAUUGUGGUCAUGUCAGUUUAAUGACUGAUUUCAAAGCUAUGGGUCAAGCUUUGAAUGCUAUUCACGAAGCUGAUAAAGUUUGGAAAUAUCGAAAGAUGAUUAAGCAUAAGGAGAAAUCUGCAUAGUUUAUAGUUUGUGUUACGUUUUUUUUUUGCAUACAUAUAUAAGUAGAUAUAAUGUAAUAUA